AUGCCGCUCAAUGUACCAGGCAUUCUAGCUCCCGUACAGUUUCUGGUAAACCCUAGAAUAAUUGUCCCUAGUUUAUCAGUUAGAGGUGCGCUUUUCUCUCUAAUUUUUGGCUGCUUACAUGCUAAUUCAAGUCGACGACAGAAAGAUAUUCGCCAUCUCGAUUUUGACGCGUUAAAGCGUGCAGGCUAUAGAGGAGCUGUUUUUGACAAAGAUAAUUGCCUGACUCUUCCCGGAAAGGAUACCAUCGUACCGGAAAUUGAAGACGCGUGGAAGGAGUGUAAACAAGUUUUUGGUAAGGGCAAUGUUCUCGUCGUCAGCAACACUGCUGGAGCACAUGUGGAUGCGGGUGGAAUUCAGGCCGAGUCUGUUCGACACCAUCUCGGAGUUCCUGUCCUCUUUCAUACGUCGAUGAAACCUGCAUAUUCAUGUGUGAAGCAAAUUCGUUCUUACUUUCGCUCGCUUCGAGAUCCCAUCAAGGACAAUGAGCUCAUCAUCGUCGGAGACCGCCUGUUCACGGACAUCGUAAUGGCUAAUCGCAUACGAGAACAAAGUUGGACCGAGCGUUUUUGGUUACGCUCCCAACAAAAUUCAGGCUAUCCUGCUGUAGAUUGGAACACACAGAAGACAGCAGAACCGCUCGCUGCGAACCCGUUGCAGAACCUGCUUGUUUCGACACCGCCUCCAACCAGAACGACACUAGGCAUAUGGACAACAGGAUUAUGGGUCGAAGAAGCUACUGUCAUGCGAUUUUGCGAGAAAAAAUUGUUGGAGGGAGUGAAAAAAUGGGUCAUUGCGCCCGCCAAAGCUCGGGCCCAAGACAAAGUCUCGACCCUUGCCGGGCUAGAAGCACGGUCAACGGAAAACGGAGGAAGCACGAACGAUGAAGACCCGCUGACGCGUGCCUUCGUUCGUGACAUACCUCCACCUGCCCCUCCUCAGAAGCAAAACAUGUUACGGGGCAUUGCUAGCUUCUUCCAGGGCAUACAGUUUAGACGAGGUAAUUGA